UCGGUUAAAGUCUUCUCGGUGCACGGUGAAGCUUCUCGGCCUAGCUUAGCUUAGCAUGCUAACAAAGACACGCGGUUUUUUUCUUUGUUUUCUUUCGUGAGCAACCUUUAGCAAAACCGAGAUCAAGUGUGAGCGUCGUGUUCAUUUUCCGCCGACUACUAAGCGUAAAGUGUUGUGAUCGUCAUGUGAAAAUGUGUGCAAGAAGGACAGCAGAGUAUGAGGAGGAACUUUGUGGACCACAAGAGCCACAACAUCAACUACUGGAUGCUGUUUUCAAUCGGCAGCCUCGAACUGCGCUACGCAGAGCAGACAUCAGUGAAGAUCUUCGUCAUGAGUGUCGGGAGCCAGAGCCCCUUUACAUUAAAGAGGAAGUGGAGGAUGACGAGCACCCCCACAUCAAAGAAGAAGAGGAAUUGAAGCUCACUUUCAUUAAAAAAGAGGCUGAGGAAGUGCACCGCCACAUCAAACAGAAAGAGGAGUGUAUCGCCAAGUUUCCAUGGACGAGUGUCCCUUUGAAGAGUGAAGAUGAAGGUCGACGUGAGGAGAGCAGAAGCAGCUCACGUCGACACAUGACAACAGAAGGUGAUGGUGAUGGAGACCACUGUGGAGGAUCACAGGCAGACGGCCUCUUAGCUACACAAUUAGAUAGCGACGACCUGACGUCUCACUCUCCUCACACUGAUGAUGAUGAUGAUGAUGAUAAACCGUCUGAAGGUGAUAACAAACGCUGGAAAUGUUCUCAGUGUGGGAAGACCUUUGCUUAUAAGAGCAGUUUGAAACAACACACGAGAACACACACCGGAGAGAAAGCGUUUGCCUGUUCAGAUUGUGGUAAAAGAUUCUCCUAUAAGGGAGACUUGACAAGGCACACAAGAACGCACACUGGAGAGAAACCUUUUGUCUGCUCAGUUUGUGGUCAAAGAUUCUCUGAGAACGGAAAAUUAACAGUACACGCAAGAAGACACACUGGAGAAAAACCGUUUGCUUGCUCAGUUUGUGGUCAAAAAUUCUCUGCAAAGGGCAAAUUAACAAUACACACAAGAACCCACACCGGAGACAAACCUUUUUCCUGCUCCGAUUGUGGUCAGAGAUUCACUCAGAAAGGAACCUUAAAAAUACACACAAGAAUGCACACUGGAGAGAAACUUUUUUCCUGCUCAGAUUGCGGUCAGAGAUUCACUCAGAAGGGAGCCUUAAAGUUACACACCAGAACCCACACUGGAGAGAAACCUUUUUCCUGCUCAGUGUGUGCUCAAAGAUUCUCUCGUAAGGAUCGCCUGAAGACACACAAGUGUGCGGACGUGGUGGAAAAUCUUUGUCCAGAGCCGCAGGAGUCAGAGUCCCCCCACAUUAAAGAGGAAGAGGAGGAUGGAGAGGUUCAACAAAUCAAAGAGGAGGAGGAAGAGUUCGUACACAUUAAAGAGGAAGAGCUGGAGGAAAUCAUCAAGGUUCCUUUGACUGGGGUCCUUUUGAAGAGUGAAUAUCAAGGUCAAAGUGAGGAAAACCGAGGGGUGGAGCCUCCCAGCAGCAGCUCAAGUCGACGCAUGACAACAGAAGGUGACGGAGACCACUGUGGAGAAUCACUAGCAGGGGGACUCUUAGCUCCGCUAUCAGAUAGCGACGAGACAACGUCACACUCUUCUGACUAUGAUGAUGGUGAUGAUAAAGAACAGUCGGAACGUCAUAUGACAUGUCACACUGAUCUCAAAUGCUGGAAAUGUUCUAAGUGUGGGAGAACUUUUGCUUCAAAGAGCAAUUUGAAACAGCACAUCAAAUUACACACUGGAGAGAAGCCUUUUGCCUGUUCCGACUGUGGUAAAAGAUUCACUGUAAAGGGUAAGUUGAUAUCACACUCAAGAACCCACACUGGAGAGAAACCUUUUGCCUGCUCCGUUUGUGGUCAAAGAUUCUCUCAGAAGGGUACCUUAAAAAGUCAUACAAGAACACACACUGGGGAGAAACCUUUUUGCUGCUCAGUCUGUGGUCAAAGAUUCUCUGAAAAGGGACACUUAAAAAGUCAUACAAGAACCCACACUGGGGAGAAACCAUUCACCUGCUUAAUUUGUGGUCAAAGAUUCUCUGAGAACGGAACCUUAAAACGUCACAGAAGAACACACACCGGGGAGAAACCUUUUGCCUGUUUAGUUUGUGACCAAAGAUUCUCUGAGAAGGGAACCUUAAAACGUCACACAAGAACCCACACUGGGGAGAAACCUUUUUCCUGCUCAGUUUGUGGCAAAGGAUUCGCUCAGAAGGGAAACUUCAAAAGUCACACAAGAACACACACUCGAAAGGAACCCUUCGUUUGCUCCGUUUGUGGCCUAAGAUUCUCUCAUAAGUAUCUGGCUCAGAAUCACAAGUGUGUUGAUGACAAUAGCAGUGAUCAAUGAAGGUUCUGCCUCUCAUCUGAGCAGGCUUCGUAAUUUCAUGCACCAAGGAUGAUCGUAUUCUAAUGUACCUUCUUAAAGGCCUCCAGUGGAAAAGUGUUGCAAAUUAGCACUCAUGCUAAAACACGUAGCAAUAUAUCUGCUUUAUCUAAUGUUUUUGUGCUGUGCAUAUCAAAUAAUGAAACGAUUUAUUCCAAUAGACUGAGAAAACUUUGACUCUUUGCAUAUGUGAUCAGGAAUUAAAUGGAAAUACUUUUUGUAAUGUAUAGUAGUGGUCUGAGGGGGUGGGUUCUCCGGGGACGGAAGCCACUCAGGCUUUCUAAGUUUCACCUGUGGCUCAAUGUGAGAGCCUGGGAAGAAACACAGCUUGGCAAGAUGUUUGAUUAGAUGGCGACUGGGAAAAGAAAUUAUGGAAAGAGAGGCACAGCAGGGUUAGAGUGCAAAAGAAACGAGCAUAUGCAGAGUUUGCAAGGGUGGGGAAACAUUGGAGGAAAAUUAAAAGCACUAAGAAACGAGCAGAACAAAAAUGUGAGGGGUAACUGUUGGAUACAAAAAGAGUCGUAACAUUCAUUGCAGGGGUAAGAAAUGCAACAAUGGGAAUAUAAUAAGAAACAGUACAGAUUAUAACAGAGCAGCAGAAAAGCCUCUUGACAUAAAACAGCUAAUAUGGGAGGAGUUGAGGGAUGAUCUCAGUGCUCAGGCCAGCCAAGAGACAUCGAAUUAAGGCUAACAAAAGAUUUGACAUGGUGAUAUUGAUCGAUACAUACUGUAGAUAGAUAGUUACAGGCUGAAGACAUUUAUUUCAUGAUCCUACUUUUAGUUUCUAAGAGAAAAAAGAAUGAAAAAGACAAGUUACGUUUGGUUUUGUUCUUUGUUUUCCUCCCUGUACGGACAUACUCGUACCCAUAUGCCAGCACAGUCGUUGGUGACAAUGCAUCCUAAAACGUUAGAAGCCAUCCGGCGCAAAACAAAACAAAGAAGAACAAGAAGAAUGUGAGAGCCUGCGGCCGAAGGUGAUGGGGGAAGUAGACGAACAUGAGGUUUGCAAAGACGGGAGGGCGUGUCUGGUAAGCAAAGCGCAAGGACGGUGGGCGGGGCAAGCUGGAAGACGACGACGCUGUAACAACAAGGUGACGGUUGAGAAUUUACCAGUGCCGUACCUAUGUGCUGUGUUUUGUGUUCAUACGUGGGGGUGGCAGGGGUGGAUCUUGUCAAUUUCUUGCCAUUUAAUUUCUGUAAUCCACUUUGUGUUGCAUUUUAAUAUAUGAGCAGUGCUAUAUGGAUAAACUCGAUUUGAUUUGAGGGCCACACCAACAUGCAAACAUCACUUCUGCUCAUAAAGAAUUCAAUGUCUUUUUGUAAUGCUGUAAAUUGUAUUUUGAUCAUCUGCUACCUGUGUAGUUAGGGUAUAUGUUAUGUUAGGAGAAGUAAUUUAAAAUAUAAAUAAAAUAAAUGUAUCUUUUUAAGCCCGUGCUAUGAAUAUUGUCUUGGCGGCCUGUGGCAACGGCAUAUGGUCCGGGUGCAGACGGCUCCAGCUUAUUAGGUCAUGAUGGUAUCAUUUUUAACCUGUAUGUGUAUGACUGUCUGUGUCCUUGUAGUUGUCAAGCAGCAGGUGGGAUUGUUCUAAUUUCCUAUUUUAAUGAAUAUCAUGCACUUUGAGUUACUGUUACGCGUAUGGAAAGUGUUUACAAAUAAAGUUUGAUUGCUUGAUAGAGAUGAUUUA